CGAGUGCGCGUGUGACCAUCACGCUCGACUCGGGAGACUACAGCACAAUAGGCGGUGAGGGCGACCAAUCAUUGGUAGGGGUCACGUUAUGGGCUUGUUCAGGCCUUGCGCGUAGCUUUCUUGGGAACCGCGAUCAGCGCAUAGCCUGUUCCUGUUGAAUGCGCAGUCUACUCGAAUGUCACGUCAUGAGAGACACACCCCGGCACUGGCGGUAUGAAGCGGAGGAAGCCCCGUGCCUCCAGUGCCUCGGAGGAGCUGCAAUGUCCGCAGAUCACAAUGGCCGAAACGUGUAAGCGUGCACGCUCGUGGAAACCCUUCCUAGGAUGCGGUUCUGGGCCGGGAGAACAACACGAGGGCGGUGAAAUGCCGAUGUGCUAUCCCGGCUCGAGGAAGGGAUCUCGUGACACCAUCUAUCAAGUGCUUCCUGGACCACACUAUAAUAGGCGCAUGAUCUGAAUCGAGCAUGCCGUGGGAAUGAGUAAGCGUCGCAUUGCGACUCGACAGCUCACAGCACGGGUAGUGCGCCAAGCGUAAGAUAAGUCGGCCCCCCCAGACUUUGACAGAGCUCUGGCUGCUAUUGUCAUUGCCGAGAUUGUUCGGCGGUGUAAGCCAUGAUGACCUGUUCGCUAUUGUGAUGCACGAUGACAGGGAUGCCGCGUCUG